CUGCCUCUGCAUGGAAAACAAGAGGACACGGAACAGCAAGAUGCGGUCAAAGCCGACCAACAAUUAGGCAGAAAAAUCGUGAUUGCAACAAAUAUUGCUGAAUCCUCGUUGACGAUCGAAGGGCUAAAAAUCGUGUUUAACUUUGGACUUCACAAAAUCUCUGACUACGAUUGGGAAAAAUCAUUGCCCAAACUUCGUUUGUCAUUCGCGACACGUGAUCAAAACGUGCAGAGGAGAGGCCGAGUGGGACGAAUAACUCCUGGUCUCUGCGUUCAUAUGUUCCCCCAAGAAUUUAUCCACUCUCCAAGGAACAAUGACCCAGAAAGGGUUGAACCCACCGAAUUAGAAAGACUGCCCGUGGAGAGUGUAAUAUUAUCCGCAAUUACAAUGAUGAAUACGAUGCACCGCAACCAGGAACCUCCGGCUGGUUUCUUGCGUGCGUACUUCAACGGGUUGCUAUCCGUCCCAGAUGAAUUACACGUGGACGAAGGAUUUCAAAGUCUACUCAACAAAGGUGGAUUGAUCCGUAAUAAAUUUAUUUUUCAAGACACGUGGGACGCAUUUGAUCUCACCCUCGCAGGACAAAUGAUGAGCUCACUUCCGAUGGAUUUAAAACACGUGGAAUUAAUUUUGAGGGGGAUGAUGACCGGUACCCUUCAAUCCGCCGUUAUCAUCGUUGCACAACACAUGAACAUGAGCAAAGAUUUGUUCAAGUCAAGUACCCCUUCGUUAGUGCACUGGAAGUCUAAAGUGGACUUUUCGUUCCGGACCUGCUCCGAUGACUUUGCCAAUCUGAAAGCCUUUCGCAUGUGGUCGAAGACGGACGUCGUUGGUAGGAGCGAACACUGCCAGCAGCCGCGGUGAGAAGGACGUCGUUCAAAGAACUCCUCAUGGACGGCAUGAUGGGAAACAAAAGAAAACGGUCACGAGAAUUCACGGUCUAGUCGUUCCGGGGGCUCGACCUACGCGACAGUGGACCAGAUCAGACUUUUUAUCCAUUAAUCAGAGGGUUAUUGACCGAAUGGAUGACAACGUGCAGGACGUGUAUGGGAGAAUUGCACGUUACGCAAACGAUGUCACGGAAUUCCCAGUUAUGUAUUUACUGGCGCCGGCUGACGAAGAUUCACAGUCAAUCGUAAGCCCACUACAAAAAUAAAUUUACUGUUUUACAUUUUGCCAUAAAAUGAGAGCGUAAUACACUGGUCUCGUCUAAUUUAUUCUGAUUGAAUCAGCUGAAUGAAGACGAGAUGCUUCUUCUCAUUGAUUUCUGCGGGAGACGACCCAUCAAUGUGGUUUAUUUCUAAACCAGACGAAGAAUUCCACGAAGCUUGGAAGUUGCAAAACUUUCCCCUGAACCAUCUCUUCAUGGAUUACAACUCUUCAUCCGCUGAAACUAUGAACUUUCCUGCGUACGGGCCGUAUUUACAGAAUUUACUGUCUCAGGGGUGUCAUGCAGUUCCGAGUUUAGGAUUGUACUACCAUGAAAUCCAGAAAGAAAAGUCUCAGCAAAAGCUACAAGAACGCUUUGCGACUGUGGCAUUUGAGCCUACUUCGGAAAAACUGCAUUUGGGGAAGAUCGACACUAGCCUCGUCAGUUGCCUUCAACGAGUUAAAUUGUUGGGCAUGUCAUCGAUAAGUGUUUUCUCCCGUCCGCAAAAUCGCGUCGUUCAGGAACCUAAUUUCACACCGAUGGAGCUUCCCGUUCUCAAUAAACGUGAAAUAUUCCACCUCGUCACCUUUUUGAAUCCCCACUGCUUCGGAAUUCGCCCUUACGCGUUAGGCAACAAGUGGGACCAGAUGAAGCAAGUAAUGGACACGCUGUGGAGAAAUCAUCCCGAGCAAGAAGUCCGUCCCAAUAUGAUCAAACCAACCCGGAAAUGCAUCGUUCGUAAGAACCGAGGCGGAAAAUUCGCUAUGAUGGCCUACCGGGGCAUCAUUAAAUCCAUGAUCCCGGAUCACUUGCAUCAGCAAGACCCAAUAAAUUUACUUGUUAUGGUCCAUACCAUCGACGAGGGUAUCUGUAAAUGGUACAAAUUACGAGACAUUAUGCUCUACCACGAGGAGAAAAAGAAUUAUGGAUAUCCAAAACUGUUUGAUCAACCACCGCUCGCCAUCCGAGUAUCCCUGGUGUCCCUCAACCCACCAGCUCACAAAGGUCACGAGUGGAAUUAUCUCGAUACUGAUAAUAUGAGGGCCCAUCUGCAAAAUCGAGAUAAUGGUGGAUUUGGAGCUACACUGCGGCUGGACGAUGUCCCUAGAGAGUGUACCACAAAGGGAUACUUUGAGUGUGAAGAUGUCUUCUCUCGCGAUGGUUCAUCAUUCGUGAAUUGGGCUACCGAAGUAAAGGGUUAUGCUGUGUCGAGAAGACGAGCCCGAUUGGAACUCCUUGCUACCAUUCGUCCCUCUGAUGAUCGUUGUCUCCUGAGUUUGGAAGGCGGAUCUGCAGGACACGACCCAUUCUCAGAGGUGGAGGGACAAGAAACAGCGCACCACUUGUUUGGAAAGCUUCAUUCCCCGGCGCAAGUGAAGUGGGAACCUGCAGAUGAUAAACUACGAGCAUGUUCAGUUUACGUAGAUUCCAACAGCGUAAACAGCGUUGUUGUGGACCCCGAACUUGCAAACCCCCCAAACUCGGGAUAUUGCCACUUGGUUCUUGCGGCUGGAUCAAGGUGGUACCAGAGAAGAGAUGGAAUGGAUAUCAUCAAAUUGGAGAGAACCACCUUGCUUCCCCGAGUUCCAGGUUUACUGACCUUAUUAUCUGCAGCAUUCUGCCCAGCCAUCUCCAUUGUGACCACCGGAUUCAUGUACAACAUUAUCGCAAUUCGAAUUUUCAAAAAAUUCCAAGACGGCUCGUACAGACUGCAACGGGUCCAACACGUCGAUAUUGCUUUGGAACAAGAGGACCUGAACUUGAUAAAUUCACUCCGAAGAGCAAAAAACAUGAUGUACGUGCAAGGAUAUAAUGCAUUUCAAGGUCAUCAGCAAGACUACAUCAAUGAUUUGACCUACUUCUUCCGUCGAAAACGCCAACCCCAACUUCCAAACUACGCCGUAAACCUCAACAAUCUGCCAAACCAAAAACAGGACAAUCAAAAUGAAAAUUUCAUGGUGCUAUUCGAAGAACACAUUUAAACCUCGAGUAUAAAAUCCGAGUCUAAUUAAUUUUACCAAUUCGACAGUAAAUUUACCACAAGUAAAUUUAUUUUUUAAACCAAACAAACUCAAACAUUUUACAUCUUUAGUAAAUUCGCAGGAAACAGUAAAUUUAUUCUUAGUCAGACAAACAAAAAAGCUUGUGAAAUCUUAUAAAUAAAUUGGAAAUAAACUAAAAUUACACUGUAAUUGUACAUACAUAGUCUAAAGAAGGUAUCGAUUAGUUUAACUAUAUCAUCAUUUCUAAUUAUCAUCGUUUCUAAUAAUAUCAUUACACAUAUCAAUAACAUCGUUAAUUACAUCCUAUUGAUAAAAUGUACUUGAGUCUAACGAAUGCAUAAAAAAAGUAAAUUUACUUGUCAAACACAUCUACGGUUCAGUGAAAUUCAAUAUGUUGAUCCAUCAAUGACUGAGAGGCCAAUUUAACCUGACAUUUAUCGCACUUUAUCACAAGGGUUGUAUCAUCUUCAAUGUUGUACUCCGAUUGAGGGGGUGGUGGAAGUUUGCGAGGCGAAAGAACCACAACGGGAGGCGGAGGGGGAUUGUUAAAGUAAUUCCUCCGAACAGUUGGCAUGAGGUACAACCACUCGGAUAUGUUGGAUUUAAUGACAUCCCUGAACUCCUCGAGUGCAAUAAAAGCACUCAACGGGACGUGCCCAAAGGUACCACCCAAAAGUCGACAAGUGUUGCGCAAAUCUUCUGCAAUUUGAUCCUCUGUUGUAUACAGAUGCAACGAGUAGGUAUGUUGAGGGGAACAUACCCAUCCAUACAAUGUUUCCAAUUCUCUAAAAAAAUAAAUUUAUUUUUUUUGGCAUUCCAAAUAUGUAUUAAAAUUAGA